UUGAUCGGAGGUUUUCGUACUCGGUUAACUUGCAACAGCGCGAGGAUUCGGUAGCGCAGCGUUGAUAUCUCAAGCCUCAGUCGUUUGGCUUGAUAAAUUUAUCCGUCGUACCGGCUAAAUAAAAGCUUGCAAAAUUUUGAAAAAAUUUGACAUACGUGGAGCCCUGGCUGGGUCGGGCGGCUCUUCGAAGAUGGGUAACAACGCCGCAACGGCAAACAAGAAGGUGGACGCCGCCGAGAGCGUUAAGGAGUUCCUCGAUCAGGCCAAGGAGGACUUUGAGGAGAAGUGGAAGAAGAAUCCAACGAACACUGCUGGGCUCGAUGAUUUCGAACGGAUAAAAACACUCGGGACUGGGUCCUUCGGACGGGUCAUGAUCGUCCAGCAUAAACCGACCAAGGAGUACUACGCGAUGAAGAUACUCGACAAGCAAAAGGUGGUCAAGCUCAAACAGGUCGAGCACACCCUGAACGAGAAACGCAUCCUUCAGGCCAUCAGCUUCCCGUUCCUAGUCUCAUUGCGCUUCCACUUCAAGGACAACUCGAACCUCUACAUGGUACUCGAGUACGUACCCGGCGGAGAGAUGUUCAGUCACCUACGCAAGGUCGGCAGGUUCUCUGAGCCCCACUCGCGGUUCUACGCCGCCCAGAUCGUUCUCGCCUUCGAAUACCUCCACUACCUGGACCUGAUAUACAGGGACCUGAAGCCCGAGAAUCUCCUCAUCGAUUCCCAGGGUUACCUCAAGGUCACCGACUUCGGAUUCGCCAAGAGGGUCAAGGGCAGGACGUGGACCCUUUGCGGAACGCCGGAGUACCUAGCACCCGAGAUCAUACUUAGCAAGGGCUACAACAAGGCGGUUGACUGGUGGGCAUUAGGUGUUCUGGUAUACGAAAUGGCCGCCGGUUAUCCGCCGUUCUUUGCCGACCAGCCGAUACAGAUAUACGAGAAGAUAGUCAGCGGCAAGGUCAGGUUCCCGUCGCACUUUGGUAGCGACCUUAAGGACCUUCUGAGGAAUCUGCUUCAGGUCGAUCUCACGAAACGGUACGGCAACCUGAAGGCUGGGGUCAACGACAUCAAGGGUCACAAGUGGUUCUCGAGCACCGAUUGGAUCGCUGUUUUUCAAAAGAGGAUCGAGGCACCGUUCAUACCGAGGUGCAAGGGACCCGGUGACACGAGCAAUUUCGACGACUACGAGGAGGAGGCGCUCAGGAUCUCGUCGACGGAGAAAUGCGCCAAGGAAUUCGCCGAGUUUUGAGCUCAAGAGGAUCAUCUGAAACGUUUGACGAUCAUCCAGUCGUGGCUAUUACGUCGUCACAAUAUAUUGCGCGAUCGACAACAACUGGAUCGACGACAA